ACUAACAGUCAUCUCUCUAUUACUACUACUUAAGCACCUUCUUCUCAUAUGAAGUCAACAAACUCAAACAAAUCGAAUAGAGAAGAGAGAGAGAAUGGAGAAAGCACUUAACAGACAGAGAGUUCUGCUGGAGCAUUUGCAACCCACUUCCUAUUCUCGCCACAACCCUCAAUCUUCUCUAUCCCAAUCCAUAUGUUCGGCGGGGGAUGGUGGGGCCUAUCAAAGAACAACUGCUUUUGGAGAUGACAUUGUUAUCGUUGCCGCUUAUCGAACUGCCAUAUGCAAAGCUAAGCGAGGGGGAUUCAAGGAUACCCUUCCAGAUGAUUUGCUUGCCACUGUACUAAAAGCGGUGAUUGAUAGAACAAAUCUCAAUCCCUCUGAGGUGGGAGAUAUAGUUGUAGGAACUGUCUUGGCUCCAGGUUCACUCAGAGCUAUUGAGUGUCGGAUGGCAGCUUUCUAUGCUGGUUUUCCUGAUUCCGUACCUCUCAGAACAGUCAAUAGACAAUGUUCUUCUGGUCUCCAGGCUGUUGCUGAUGUUGCUGCCUUCAUAAAAGCGGGAUAUUAUGAUAUAGGCAUUGCUGCUGGAUUGGAGUCUAUGUCGGUAGACAAUGUCGACAGGUUCAAGUCGGAUAACCCAAAAAAAGACAUUUUCACUCAAGCUCGUGACUGUCUCCUUCCAAUGGGUAUUACUUCUGAAAAUGUUGCACAACGCUUUGGAGUAACUCGGGAAGAACAGGAUCAAGCUGCUGUUAUCUCCCAUCACCGAGCUGCAGCUGCAAUUGCAGCUGGGAAAUUUAAAGAUGAAAUAGUUCCAGUUUCUACUAAGAUUGUUGACCCUAAAACUGGUGAGGCAAAACCUGUUGUAAUCUCGGUAGAUGAUGGGGUUCGACCAACCACAAACUUGAGAGACCUGGCAAAGUUGAAGCCUGCAUUCAAGAGCAGUGGAACUACAACAGCUGGAAAUGCAAGUCAGGUGAGUGAUGGUGCAGGAGCUGUUCUGUUGAUGAAACGAAGUUUAGCUAUGCAAAAGGGGCUUCCGAUUCUUGGCGUAUUUAGGAGUUUUGCUGCUGUGGGUGUGGAGCCUGGUGUCAUGGGUAUCGGCCCAGCUGUUGCUAUCCCAGCCGCAGUCAAGUCAGCUGGUCUCGAACUUAAGGACAUUGACUUGUUUGAGAUAAAUGAGGCGUUUGCUUCCCAGUUCGUAUAUUGCUGCAAAAAGCUAGACCUUGAUACUGAAAAAGUAAAUGUAAACGGAGGAGCAAUGGCCCUUGGACAUCCCCUGGGAGCUACAGGUGCUCGUUGCGUUGCUACAAUACUUAAUGAGAUGAAACGUCGUGGCAAGGACUGUCGAUUUGGUGUCAUAUCCAUGUGCAUAGGUUCAGGCAUGGGUGCUGCUGCUGUGCUUGAAAGAGGGGAUUGCGUUGACGACCUCACCAAUGCACGCGCAGCCAGUGGAUAAUGUAUAUGUAUCGAUUGCAAAUCCUUAAUGGAAGUGUGAUUUAGGAAUUGUGUGAUUUGUAUAAGCAAUCAUUGCAUCUUGUAUUAAUAACCGAUAUAUGGUCUUGGACUCAGUAUUGCAAUGCAUUAUAUCAACAAUCGAAGUUUUAGUUAUACAAAGUUUCUUAUUUGGGACGA